AUGAAUGAAACGCAGACCCCUUCCUUUGGCCCAAGCCCCGACCCCAGCCCUGAGGACAAAUAUAAAGCAAUGCAGUCGCUGACCUCGGAGACCUGGCGCAGCCCAGGAAGGCGACCCUUAUGCGUCAGGAAGUCCCCGUCAGCCUCCAAUGUGUCAGGCCCUGAACUGCGGGCCAGGGAAGAAAGGGGGGCUCACAGUCUGACGGCAAAAGCAGCAAGCAAGCGGCCCUGCACAGAAAUGGUGCGCACGGAUAAACUGGGCAGCCCUGGCAUCCCCGGGGAGCCGGAAAGGCUUCGUGGAGAAGGGGCUUCCCCCAAAGGGGCCCAGACAGCUUCCCAAGAGCUGGAAGGGCCCUCGGAAACUGUCCGAUUCAACGGCCUCACUUUACCUCCCACAGAGACUUACUCAUGCCCAGCCACCAAUGGGCAAACCCCUCCACCAACACCGGGGGUGUUCCCAGUAAUUCACUCUGCCCCCAAAAGGACGGGCGGCUCCGAGGCAAGGGCUCCCCCUGGCCGGAAGUCACUGACGUCCCUCGGUCUCUCAGGGGUGUUAGAAGGCACGAACCCGAGACAGCAGCCGAGCCUCGGGGCGCUUCCGGCUCCCUCCCGAUGCUCGCCCUCCCCCGGGGGCACAGCCACAGAACCCGCGUUAGGUCGGGGCCUGCUGCCGUGGGCAGGAGGCCGCCCAGAUGCGUCACCCCAGCGGGCGCCGGUCUUUGGCCUUCUUGGGCUGUCUCAGCGGCUUCGGGUCCCACAAGUCGGGCCCCACGGCCUGAAUCAGCAGGAGCUGCGGGACUUGUCUCCGGGCCAUUCCCUCUCCAACGCUGGGAAAGCCCGCGGCGCGGGAGCAGGUUACCCAGGGCGGCCGCCGCGGGACUUCAGCCCCUCCCGUCUCAGGCGUCUCGGAGCUUCAGCGGGUCGCUUCCCCCCCUCCCGCCUCCGUCCCUUCCUCCUCGCAGACUGGAAGGGCCGGCUCCUGCUUCGUGGGGCCGAGGGACAAAGGAGAGAGGGCGCGGGAAAGCGCGGCAAACGCUCUGGAAAGGCUAGCCGCGGUCACCCUAGCCUCGGGAGCGGGACCGCGGCCCGGCUCUGGCCCCGGGCCUUGGGGAAAAGAAGCGCGUUUAAUGGAAGCGCGAGGAAGGUGGCUGGAUAUGUGUCUGACGGGCUACACAAGUGCCGGUCACCAGAAAGUCUGGGGUUCCGGGAGUCUCCCUUACAGCCACCGGACGCGGGAGAGAAGGGGGUCGGACUCCCGAACGCGCGGCGGUCCCAGGCCUCACAGAGCGUCCCACCGGACGCCGGAGAGAAGGGGGUCGGACUCCCGAACGCGCGGCGGUCCCAGGCCUCACAGAGCGUCCCACCGGACGCGGGAGAGAAGGGGGUCGGACUCCCGAACAGCGGCGGUCUCAGGCCUCACAGAGCGUCCCACCGGACGCGGGAGAGAAGGGGGUCGGACUCCCGAACGCGCGGCGGUCUCGGGCCUCACAGAGCGUCCCACCGGACGCGGGAGAGAAGGGGGUCGGACUCCCGAACGCGGCGGUCUCGGGCCUCACAGAGCGUCCCACCGGGCGCCGGAGAGAAGGGGGUCGGACUCCCGAACAGCGGCGGUCUCAGGCCUCACAGAGCGUCCCACCGGACGCGGGAGAGAAGGGGGUCGGACUCCCGAACAGCGGCGGUCUCAGGCCUCACAGAGCGUCCCACCGGACGCGGGAGAGAAGGGGGUCGGACUCCCGAACGCGCGGCGGUCUCGGGCCUCACAGAGCGUCCCACCGGACGCGGAGAGAAGGGGGUCGGACUCCCGAACGCGGCGGUCUCGGGCCUCACAGCGCGUCCCACCGGGCGCCGGAGAGAAGGGGGUCGGACUCCCGAACAGCGGCGGUCUCAGGCCUCACAGAGCGUCCCACCGGACGCGGGAGAGAAGGGGGUCGGACUCCCGAACAGCGGCGGUCUCAGGCCUCACAGAGCGUCCCACCGGACGCGGGAGAGAAGGGGGUCGGACUCCCGAACGCGCAGCGCUCUCGGGCCUCACAGAGCGUCCCACCGGAAGCCGGAGAGAAGGGGGUCGGACUCCCGAACAGCGGCGCUCUCAGGCCUCACAAAGCGUCCCACCGGACGGACUCCCGAACAGCGGCGGUCUCAGGCCUCACAGAGCGUCCCACCGGACGCCGGAGAGAAGGGGGUCGGACUCCCGAACGCGGGGCGCUCUCGGGCCUCACAGAGCGUCCCACCGGACGCCGGAGAGAAGGGGGUCGGACUCCCGAACGCGGCGGUCUCGGGCCUCACAGAGCGUCCCACCGGACGCCGGAGAGAAGGGGGUCGGACUCCCGAACAGCGGCGCUCUCAGGCCUCACAGAGCGUCCCACCGGACGCGGGAGAGAAGGGGGUCGGACUCCCGAACAGCGGCGCUCUCAGGCCUCACAGAGCGUCCCACCGGACGCCGGAUAGAAGGGGGUCGGACUCCCGAACGCGCGGCGCUCUCAGGCCUCACAGAGCGUCCCACCGGGCGCCGGAGAGAAGGGGGUCGGACUCCCGAACGCUCGGCGGUCUCAGGCCGGCCUCACAGAGCGUCCCACCGGACGCGGGAGAGAAGGGGGUCGGACUCCCGAACAGCGGCGCUCUCAGGCCUCACAGAGCGUCCCACCGGACGCUGCAGGUGACUCGCCCGGGGUCGGUGGGAAGUGAUAUUCCUGACUUCAAGGCUGGUGCCACUGCGCCACCUAGCGCCCGGAAGCAUAAAUUCGAAUGCACGGGCAGCCAUAGAGCCGCUUCCCUGGAGGGCUCAGCCGGAUUGCCGUGGGGCGGUCCGAGGAAGCCGGCCCCAGGGCGGGAGCUGGCUGCUGGCCUGGGGUUCCGAGCCCCAGGGCGGGAGCUGGCUGCGGGCCGGGGGUUCCGAGCCCCAGUGCGGGAGCUGGCUGCGGGCCGGGGGUUCCGAGCCUCAGGGCGGGGAGCUAGCUCCCGGCCCCAGGGUCCAAGGCGGAACUCGUGGGCUCGGGCCCUAACGAGACCCGCCGAGGGGCUCCCGCUUGCCGCCGACCCUCGAAAUGACCGCCCCGCCCCCAGCGUCCCGGGCUCCGGCCACGUUUGUGUGGGAAAGACCCACGUGACUGCGCUUUACGGUGAGCCCUCCCGAACCCGGAAUGAAUCUGUCCCGUCAGCUGCGCACGGGGCAGGGAGGCGGGGGGAGGACGGGAGCAAAAGCCAGAAACGCCACGUGCUCCAAAAGCAACUGGCCAAGCGGCCGGGCCCCGUUCGGCCCGCGCGCCCCCGGCCGAUCCCUCCAGGGCCAAAAAGGAGCCGCGGGCUUCGCGACUCCACUUCUGCUCCCCGGGAUCUGGCUGCGGGGAAUGACGUGCGUGACUCGGUGGGAAGGACGGACGGGGCUCGGGGGGGGGGGGGGCAAACGGCUGCCCGGCUCGCGCCGGCGGACGCAACCCAUCCGUUCCUGAAUCUCCUCGGCGCGCCCGGAGACGCGGGAGGUGAGAAAAGCACGAGGGUGAGCUCAGAAAACGCGCUCGCGGCGCGGAAAGGGAUCGGGGGAGGGGCCCGGCCUUUUCUGUCCCUAAACUUGGCUGGCGGGAGGAGGGUCCGGCGGGCGCGCGAAGGGAAAAGAAGGACAAGACUGCCAUCUGCUGUCCGCAUGAAGAGCGGCAGCGGGAAGGGGCGGGGAUUUACCCGCGUGAAAGCCCCGCUCCCGGCCGGCGUGUGGCGCUCUCCUGGCCGCCAGCCGAAAUGUAUCAACUAG